AUGGAGGAAGAAAAAGACUGCCAGAUGCCGUUCCUCGACGUGCUGGUGUGCAGAAAAGACGGUGGGGAACUCAAAACAACAGUUUACAGGAAGGCGACAAAUACCUCUCGCAUCCUGAGUUACCUCAGCAACCAUCCCGUCUCGCACGAACGCAGCUGCGUGCGAGCGCUAUAUCGCCGUGUAGAGACCCACUGCAGCGAACCAGCCGACAAGAAGGCCGACGUCCAGUAUUUAUGGAAACUUUUCACCAUGAACGGCUAUCCUGGCGCAUUCGUCGAAAAGUGCAGGUGA